UGAACAAACAGGUUUUCCCUUGUGUUUGCUGAUCAUCUAUCAGGUGAUCGCUGUCAACUACGUCUCAAUAUGGAUCGACUCCGGUCGUAGUUUAUCCGCAAAAUGGAACUAAUGGAGGAAAAUUAAAGCUUGAAAAGGUCUUUACAUGGCAGAAAGACAUGAUUUUCUUUGCUGUUCUGGGUCUGUCCUUCAGAGAAAUUCAACUGUCAUUCUCAGAGGAAUUGGAAUAUAGUAUUUUGGGCAUAUCUGUUAUCCUUUUCCUUAUAGCCCUCUGCCUUUUGAUAUGGCAAAUUUAUCGUCGCUGUACACAGUGUCCUGUUUCACGAAGACCUGCAGAUGGCCUGUCGGCUAGGAGCGGAGGUUUUCAGUAUGCUACACAAACAAAUGACGCUAAGAUGGAGGUUCAUUAUGAAGAACUGAGCCACCGACUGUCCCCUGGCACGUCUUGCACUAACCUGGGCAGUAGUUUAGAUCUAGCUAGCAUGGCAGAUCUGGAAGAGGAGAACAUCCAGGGAUCUCUCCGCUUUUCACUGUUCUACGAUCAGCUGCAGUCCAAACUGGUGGUGACGGUACUGGAUGCUCAGGAUCUAGCCGUGCGAGACUUCAGUCACAGCGUGGACCCGUUUGUUUGGGUGCGGUUGCUGUGGGCAGAAAGAGAGGAUGAGGAGCACAGUUCAAUGCAGUGUGUUCUGGACGAAUGGCAGACACGUCUUGUGAAGAAGAGCUGCAGUCCUGUGUUUGGAGAUCAGUUCUCUUGCACUCUGGCUGAAGAGGAAGUACCAAGAGUCACUGUUAGAUUUGAGGUUAGGGAUUUUGAUAAAUACUCAAGACAUGGAAUUCUAGGAGAGGCCCGUGCUCCCCUGAACAGUUUGAAGCUCUCAUAUCCCCUGGAGUUAAGAGAGGAUCUGCAAGUACCCAAGAAAGAUAUGGUUGGUGAGGCACUGCUCUCUCUGAAAUACAUGCCUAUAUCUCAGAGGCUGGAGGUGGGGGUGUUGAAGAUCCGCACAGUAUGUCAUCCCAAUAAGACUGAGAGAGCUCUCUAUGCCAAAACCAGCGUUAUCUGCAACCACUGCAAGCUUCGACAUCAGAGGACUAAACAGAAGAAGCAUUGGGAGGUGACUGUGUUCAAUGAGGUCCUGACCUUUGUGUUGCCAGAUCAACAGAUUAGAGAGUGCACCAUUAUAGUGUCUGUUUACGAAAUUCAGCCUUCAAAGAAGUCUUCCAAGUGUUUGAUUGGUCACAUCCACAUCAAAAAAGGCAAAACCUUCGAAAAUGAGCACUGGAAACUGAUGAUGCAAUCACUACGACAGCCAAUCGCUAAGUGGCAUUUAAUCUUCAUCUGAUUAGCCUAAACCUACAUCUCAAGUUUAUUGACGCCUCCAGUUCCCGAGGUGGGAGGUCGUAGGCCUACUUCCAACUUUUGUGUCUGUUUCAGGUUGGAAUGAGGAAAUGUGUGCUGUCAAGAAAAUAAAAUGUUAAAUUUGGUUGCUCAUUGGGUUUAAAACACUUACAAAGGCGAUAUAGGUUUAGGCUAUAUGUGUGUUUCUUUAUGGGCACUUCUGGCCCAGUAUACUUAAAACUCACUUUCACACUCAGUCUCACUAGUAUUUAUUUUUUCAGCUAACAACACAACCUAUACGACAGUGGAGAUACAUGUAUAAAGUUUAUUUUAAUAACAAAUUUUAUAUAAAUACCUGUUAUUUUAUGCCACCGUGUCAUCUCAAACAAUGAACUGUGUUUAAUAGCUUCAUAUGGUGGAAAUCUAAAACAUUUGUGGAAUACAACGGCUGGUUUUGUCUUGCCAAGGCUAAUUUCAUUGCUGCCCUUUACUGUAUUCUAAAAGCAAAUGAGAUGUAUUUACAUUCUUUGCUUAAUUUAGAGAUGUUUGGUAAUGACGCACAAUAAAAUAUUAAA